AAUUUCGACCCGCGAAAACUGUAUUACGUUAUCCGCUCGAUCGCGAUGAUGAUGCAAAGGGGGCUCGAAAGAACCCGUCUUGCUUUUGGAGACCUGUAUCAGUCGACAAAGACCAUCAAACAUGGGAUCCCACCGGGCGAAUUACGAUGCUAUAGUGGUCGGUGCAGGACCUGGAGGUCUCGCUGCCGUUUCGAGUCUUCUAGAUGCAGAGGUCCAGUCAAUAUUGUGGAUUGACAAAUCGUUCCAAGGCGGUCGAUUGAAUGAGUUCUAUCGGGAAAUUUCAUCAAAUACCAAGAUUGGUAUCUAUCUCGACGCUUUGGAAUCCUCGACGACGUGUCGGAGGAUCAUCGAGAAUGCACCGAAGCCUAACGCCGUCACGGAACUCGAGCAGAUGGAUCGAGAAGACACGUGUCGAUUGGCAAUGGCAGGGGACGUAUUGAAGCUGUUGAUUGACGGUUUGAAGAAGCGCUCAGAGGUGGAGGCAGCUGUGGGCGAGGUAGAUGAGGCCCAUUUAGACGAGACUGAACAGGUUUGGAAAGUCCGUCUGAGCUCUGGGGAACGUCACAGAACGGAGAGGCUGUUCCUAUGUACCGGAUCUCACCCUUCGUCUGUAUCUCUACACACGAGAUACAAUAGCUCGCUCGUCGUCCUGGAUCUAGAUCAUUGCCUGCGACAAUCCGACUUGCCUUCCGUUUUCGAGGACUGGAAAGAUCGACAGGUCACGGUGGCCAUCAUAGGCAACUCCCAUUCCGGGAUUCUAGUCUGUCGGAACCUAUACGAGCUGGCAGAAAGUGGCAAGCUCGACGUCAGGAUCUUCAAUUUCCGUCGUCGACCUAUCAAGUAUGCGAUCUAUCGAGAGGAUGGGAUCAUCAACGAUAAUUCUGGAUUAAAAGGUGCCACAGCAGAUUGGGCAAAGGAGACCAUGGAUUCAGAUGCAGACCCCAAAAGCAUCAUCGAACAAGUCGACCUGAUACCUGAUGAAGAUCAAGUCUACAAGGGAUACCUACCUCGAUGCACGCACAUCGUCUAUGCUAUAGGAUACGAGCCGAAUCCUAUCCCUCAAUUGUUUAUCGGCUCGGAAAGGAUAAACGACAAGUUGGAGUUUGACAUGAAGACGUCUGGCUUCCGUCUCACAGGAUUCGACCAGGACAAGACCGAACGUGGACUCGUCAGGGGAUUGUUCGGCUGCGGGAUUGCGUUCCCUGAAGAGGUGGCGGAUCCAGAAGGGAAUGUGGAAGCUGCUGUGGGGGUGGCCAAGUUCUUCAAGUUUACAGAACGGGUGAAAGGGGAUUGGAUGGCAGUGAGAUGAGGAUGAAUGCCUUCGGCAGGGGUGUCUGGCAUGAGAGGAACACACAGACACAGCGUCAGCGGCUAGGAUCGAUUCCUCCCCGACUUUUGGACACAAUUGUACAGGCUUGGCCAGUGACCCGCACGGAUCGCGUGUUGCAUCUUUGAGCUGAACUGGACACACUCCGAUACCGAUCGGCC